AUGUUUUCGCCGGGAAAUCUCAACUUCAAGUUCCCCCUGUUCACUACCAGCCUACACAUGCUCGUCCAGUUCAUACUCGCCUCCAUACUGCUCUACUUCUUCCCGUCUCUGCGGCCGCCGUUGAACAGCCCCGAAGCAGCUCCGGGGAAACCAAACAAACCCUCUCUUACCCCGAUAUUCUACCUUACCCGUCUCGUGCCAUGCGGGAGCGCUACCUCCCUCGAUAUCGGGCUGGGCAACAUGUCCCUACGCUUCAUCACCCUCAGCUUCCUUACCAUGUGCAAGUCCUCUGCUCUAGGCUUUGUGCUUCUCUUCGCCAUUCUCUUUGGCCUCGAGACUCCCUCCCUUAAGCUCAUCCUGAUCAUAUGUACCAUGACCCUGGGCGUGGUCAUGAUGGUGGCCGGCGAAGCCUCCUUUCAUGCCGUUGGAUUCGCCCUGAUAAUAGCUUCGUCUUUCUUCUCCGGGUUCCGCUGGGCUCUCACUCAGAUCCUCCUGCUUCGGCACCCAUCCACCUCAAACCCCUUCUCAACCCUUUUCCUGCUUACUCCUAUCAUGUUUGUCUCUCUGCUUGCAAUUGCACUCGGUGUUGAGGGAUACAAUGAGAUCCUAGCCGGCAUCCAUAACCUUUCUGCUGAGCAUGGAUCCCUGAAGGUGUUAGGCUUCCUCUCCUUCCCCGGAAUGCUAGCCUUUUGCAUGAUAUCCUCUGAGUUUGCUCUCCUGAGGCGUUCUUCCGUCGUUACUCUGAGUAUCUGCGGUAUCUUUAAGGAGGUCAUCACCAUUGCAGCAGCGGGCAUCUUUUUCCAGGAAGUGCUCAGCCUGGUCAAUAUCGUCGGUUUGAUCGUCGCUAUUUCAAGCAUUGCUUACUACAAUUACAUGAAAGUUACCAAGAUGCGCAAGGAGGCCCUUUCGGAGCGAGAAGGGAUCGAUGACGACGAGGAUGACGGGUACGAGAGUCCCGGCCCAAGUUCUGGCCUUAUGGAUGGCAGCCGCAGCCACGGGAACACCACACCUGUACAAAACGGUGCUAUGGGAGGACUUGUAGACCAGAUAAGGUCAGCUUUCGGAAACCAACCCAACCUGUCUGGUCCACGAUACCAGCCUAUGCAUGCAUCUACCGAGCCGUAA